UUCAACCUCAUUCCGCCUCCCUUCCAUCGUCACCCUCGUCACUCUUUUGCCGCCAGAAGUCGGUCUGCGCUCGCGUCGCGUUUGGUCUUCGUCCUCCCAGCGCUGUUUGUUCACUGCACCGCACUCGAGCGAUCGCGACGGACCACUUCGAGCCGACUCUUCGCUGCUCUGGGUUUCUCUGCAUCCCCAGACGCCUUCACUGGUACAGAACCGUCGGCCGGCAGCAGUUUGACCUCUUCACUCGUCAUAACUUGCGCGCUGCAUCGUCUCCUGUGAGAUAGGCUCUGACUAAAGAGGGGCACCACGAACGUCAUCAGCGCACGCGGCGCCCAGCGAUCAUCAGCUUGCGAUUAGGAUAGUAGCAAAGAAAGAGAGAACAAGAGAAAAGACACAGAAAACAAAAGAAAAAAACGGAGAAAAGGACUACAGAGGGAGACUGCACUCGUUUUUGCAGCCCCUGGUCUCGCGGAAGCAUCUAGCCCGAGGACGAUCCUACCUUAUUCGUGCGAGGAUCUCGGAGUCAAGUCCCUCAUUUCCCUAUCACUCUGAAGCCGUCGCCGCUCGGUGACGUGGCUGUCGGCGAAAGCCUCCCGAGCCUCAAAGCCUCCAAAGUGCAUUCGCCACUUCUCGUCCAGCUUCACAACGACCGUCUUCUGCUACACUCUACCGAGGGUGACGCAACCUGGGCUUCAAGAUCUGCAGUCGUCAAAAAGAGACAGCAGCUUCGGCGUCGCCGGAAGGAGGUCAAGCGAGCGCGAAAAGUGUUCAACGAGGUCAGCAACAUCUACGCUGCGAAGCCGUACGUGCCCAAGAUGCUCCCACCGGGUGGAGAAGGGAAUGCAGGGGCGUUCCAAGAGGAUCUGAAUAAUAUCCUUUGCUGCCCCGACUGUAAAGAGAUACCACCGAAUCUCGUCGAGGAGUUUUCGAGCGGUGACAUGGUGUGUCAGAGCUGCGGCGUUGUCGUCGGCACCCGCAUCAUAGACACCCGAUCCGAGUGGCGUACCUUUGCCAACGACGACCACGGCGGUGACGACCCGAGCCGAGUCGGCGGACCGCAGGACGAGUUCAUCGAGGGAGAACAGCUAGCCACCACCGUCGCCUUUUCCGAGUCCAAGGCGCACAAGGCGCUGUCGCGAACGCAGAACAAUGCCAACCAGGACAAGGCGCAGAAGGGACUCAUGCAGGCGUACAAGGAGAUCGUCUCGCUCUGCGAGGCCAUCAACAUGGGCCAAAACGUAUCCAACGCCGCCAAGCACAUCUUCAAGCUGGUAGACAAGUACAAGUUUAUGAAGGGCAAGCCGCAAGAGGCCGUCAUCGCCGGCUGCAUCUUUAUCGCGUGCCGCCAGAACAACGUGCCUCGCACCUUUCGAGAAAUCUUCAACUUGACUAGCGUCAGCAAGAAGGAGGUCGGAAGGGUCUUCAAGCAGCUGCAAAAGUUCCUCCAGAAGCUGCAAGACACCGAGGGAGAGGGCGCAACGGGCCUCAACACCGUCACCAACUACGAGAACACGUCAGUUGGCGCCGAGGACCUGUGCGGCCGCUACGUAUCGCAGCUCGGUUUCAAGAACCAGCAGAAGAUUAGCAAGAUCUCGCGUGCCCUAGCCGAAAGGGCCAACGACAUAUCGGCCUUGGCCGGCCGAUCGCCCCUUUCCGUUGCGGCUGCGUGCAUCUACAUGGCUUGCCACCUUGUUGGGGAGCCGCGGUCGUCGACGCCCAUUGCCAAGCAGGCCGGCGUGAGCGACGGCACGGUCAAAACGGCUUACAAGCAUUUGUUCGCCGCCCGUGACCAGCUCAUCGAUAAGGAGUGGCUCGAUGAAGGCAUGAGCAUGGACAAUAUCCCACAGGUGCAGGCCUGAUCGCGAAGCAGGCCAGACACACCGCGUACGGAUGGCACGCCUACCCGUGGCGGCUCCAGGUGGAGCCGUCUGCAGAAAGACCUCGGGGGUUUCCCUCUUAGGUUCCUCCUACUUGCGGAAUGCCAGACUGGAUUCAUAUCAUGGCGUUUAUGGCGGGCGGCGCAAGUUGUUUUUGACUCGGACUGCUUGUCGAGUGUUUUACCUCCCGUCCCUGUCCCUCAAUACUUGCUUGCUGGGGAAGCAUGCUCGGGGCGGUUGGGUCAGCAUGGCCCAUGAUGAUGGCGGCCUUUGGCGCCCAAGAGCAAACGAUUGUCACGGUACAAAGCGAGGUAGUGAGGGACAUAUUCCCUCCCCCAAAAUAGACGGCCCAAAUUGUAUCCCCCCCCCCUUUUUGUGCGUGAAUAUCGCUUGCUGUCACGGUUCGUGUCGCGCGCGUAUGUGUGUGUAUGUGUGCGUGCGUGCCUGCGUGGUCGAGUGUGCCAUCUCUCUCUCUCUCCCUUCC